AUGUCGUUCUGCGACUCCGAUGAGUUCUCCGAAAUAUUGGAGUACGUGACACGCAAGGUCUUCCUCAUUUUUGCUUUGACGUUCUUUCAUGUCCCUUCGCCCGUAAUCUUCUCUACUCUCAAAAAGCCUCAGUUCCGAAAACAAAUUCCCCGUCGAGCCCUAGAAGAUCGGGACAAUACAUCAGGAUAUUAUCGCUCUGGGAAUGCACGGGGGCUUCUUGGUUGGCCCUUCAACGAAAACGUUUCAUAUACCGUGGAACGAUGCCAUGACCUCGCGCAACAGGACAGAGCAGCCGUCCAAGAUAGGUGUAGGGAUACGCUCGUUUCUAUGGCGGGCCUCUCGGAAUCUAUAAUGGUACAAUCAUUCCGGACGACAGACGCGCGGGCCAGAUCGCCUGCUAGGCCGCACUGUGCCGUGAUGAUGCUCCAGUAUUGGUGUCUCCUCUUCACGGUCCUCAUCUAUGGCCGCCUCGCAACAUUCACACGAUGGCUCUGCUCCGGUGCGUUUCUCCGCAGGCGGUUCGAAUAUACUGCUAAGGACCCCUCGUUGGUUUAUUCAAACAUUUUACAAGCAUUUCGCGCAGGAGCAACUACGAAAGAUAACACUAUUUCUCUUGCAGUUGCAGAUGACGACUUGACGCUGUAG